GGUUGUGUUGGGCGAGACUGAGUGGCUCUGAAUGUCUGCUUUGGGCACUGCGGGCGGGGAGGGUGUACCCCUGGCCAUGAGUCCGCUCAAUGACAGCGAAGGUCUCAACAGCAGCACGGUCCUCAAAACCUCCAGGCUUCUGGUCAUCCCCACGGUCAUGUUUGUCUUCGGGGUGGCGGGCAAUCUGAUUGCGAUUGUGGUCCUCUGCAAGUCUCGCAAGGAACAGAAAGAGACAACAUUUUACACCCUGGUUUGUGGGCUGGCAGUGACUGAUCUGCUGGGGACCUGCCUGGUCAGCCCCAUCACUAUCAUCACCUACAUCAUCGGGAACUGGCCGGGGGACAGUGCACUCUGUGAGUACGAUUCCUUUGUCCUUCUGUUUUUUGGGACGUCCGGUCUCAGCAUCAUCUGUGCCAUGUCCAUCGAGAGGUACCUGGCCAUUAACCAUGCUUACUUCUACAACCACUUUGUGGACAAAAGGCUAGCUGGAGUCACUCUCUUUGCCAUCUACUUAGCCAACACCCUGUUCUGUGCCCUGCCGAACUUCGGCCUGGGCAAGACGGUGCAACAGUUCCCCAACACCUGGUGCUUCAUUGACUGGCAGACGGAGGAGCCCCUGCACGCCGUCUACUCCUACAUGUACGCCGGCUUCAGCUCCUUCCUCAUCCUGGUCACCGUCAUCUGUAACGUGCUGGUGUGUGUCGCCUUGAUCCACAUGCACCGGCAGUUCAUGCGGCGGACCUCGCUGGGACACGACCCGCGGCUCAGGGAACUGCGACGCCGCAGGAGUUUCCGCCGCAUGGCCGGUGCCGAGAUCCAGAUGGUCAUCCUGCUGAUCGCCACGUCGGCUGUGGUGCUGGUCUGCUCCAUCCCGCUGGUGGUGAGGGUGUUUAUUAACCAGCUGUAUCGACCUGCUGUUACAAGGGACAACUCUAACCCUGAUCUAAUGGCGAUUCGCAUUGCAUCAGUCAACCCCAUCCUUGAUCCGUGGAUCUAUAUCUUGCUCCGGAAAACAGUCCUCACCAAACUACUGGAAAAGGUCAAGUGUCUGUUCUGUAAGCUGGGUGGGCGAACCCCUCACACCAGCAGGAGCCUGGGCCCUCGCCGUUCCUCAGCUGCCUCCAGCCAAUCUCCCUCCUUCGUCUCCAAAGACUUGGUGAACGACAACACCUCACAGACUCUGCUCUGUCACGUUGAGUUGACCGAUGUGCUGCCGGGGUCCCUGGGAACGCAAUCGAGUCAGAAGCAGGCGGCGUCCCAGCCUGAGCCGCAGCGCGACAGUGAGGUCCCGCAGGGAGGGAGUCCCACACAGGAAAAGGCAUUGGUGACCAGCACCGACACUGACAGCUCCUUACGAGUUACCUUCACAAACGAGCAAACAGGAGUGGCUGAGAAAUGUAUAUAAACCCCGAGGCAGCGAUGCAGAACAACCAGUAGAAUGUGCACACAUUGGACUCAGGGGAACGGGAUAAGCCGAACUGUACAUAGCCCUGGAGAGUCUGUUGUCUAAAGUGUAUAUAACCCAGAGGAACAUGGACUGAAGUGUAUGUGACCCAGAAGCAUCUCGACUGAACUCUACACUUCCACAGGGGGUGGGGGAGCGGCUGUUCUGAACUUUACAUUAGACAGAGCUGUGUGUCCCCCCGGCUGUGCGCGCUGGGGCCCAGCAAAUGUUGUGUUUGUGAAUGAGAGUUGUCAGUGAGAUGUGAGCUCCAUCCUUCUCUGUGAGAAGAUGACAGUGCAACCCGUGACGUGGUUUGUUUGUGUAACU